GUUUCAUCCAAGCUAGUAUCGAGGAUGGAAACAUCUUCAUGGAGCGAGGCAACCCUGGCAUCGUGUCCUGUCCUCCCGUCGCAUCCGGACGAAUCCCACCGGGUCAGAUCGACGCCAUGUACUGGUACUUCCCCCGAGUACGAGCUGAAAACCUCUUGAUCUCCUACUUCCUAGGGAACGUCGCUCCACAAAACGGCAUCCCAGAGGGCGUGUAUGACAUCAACAGAAACUUCUCUCUGGUUAUUGAGAACGUCACUGACUCAGAUGAAGGGACCUACUACUGUAGGGUCAAACCGAAGUUAAGAAUGGUAGUUGAUGGGCAGGUGACUAAGCGUGUCAAAGUAUCCCCCAAAGAGCCGUUUCCAGACGUAACUCAAUGCACUGAACGUAUCUCUGAGACUGCGUGCGAGGCAGAGUUGCCGAACGACAUCAAGAAACCGAGGUUGACCUGCAUCGUACGGGAUGCCAAGCCUGCCGUGGCUCUCCGAUGGCUGCUUGAGCAUAGUGAUGGCGACACACAACUCAUCAGCGACAGGUUCACCGUAAAACCGAGUGAGUAUUCGGUGAACACCUACACCACUUCAGCAUCAAUCCCAAUCAUGGCGAGUACUGUGUACAUGUAUAGGUGUCAAGCAUACGGGGAGGCUCUGGGCGCCAGGAAUGGUAGCCACGUGACGGUGACUUUCACCACAGCUCCCUAUACCCCGCAAAAACCACGUGAGCAUGGAAUGUAUUGCUCUAGACUUAUUCAAUAG